ACCCCGCCCACACACGAGGCAGAGACACGUCCACUGUCACAGCGAGAGUUCGCCGUCACAAUGCUCUCCAGUGAGUUUUUCAAAUAAGUUUUGUGUGUCGACAACUUUGUCUUAUCGUAAAGAAAUAAACGAGGUGACCGGUGAAGACGGUAAUGGCUGCAGAAAGCGAGCGUGAUGAUCCAUUCCAACAAAUUCUGCAUCAAAUCGGUGGAAAAAGUAACAUUCAUUUAAUCAGCGCUGUGAGAGGACCUGAUGGAGACACCGGCGGAUUACAAGACUUCAUCGCUGAUAUGUUUAAUAACGGGGAGCGCGAAGAAACCAGCGACUGUACUGGCAACAGCAACGGCGAAAUCAAAAUCCAAACAAACGUGUGCAGCCCUGACCAAUCGCACACAGAUCGAUCCGAACAGAGUUCAUCCGAUCACCGCAAGAGCGAGAAACCAGAUCCACUCGAGAACAAAACCGUGAGCUCAAGCCGAAUCAUCGGCGGAAAGCAGAGAGCCAUUAAAUGCUCCGUGAUCAUAUUCACCUUCAAACACGAUUAUGUGUGCCAUAAAGAGAAUCGGGUGUGUUUGAGGGAGAUUCUGAAGGACGUGAGAGCGCGGAUAAAGAGAAACGCGCUCCGUCCUGCUCUGCUGGGACUCGUUCACACCGACUGUGAUCAAUCAGUGAGUCGCGAUUCAGUGGAGUUACUGGAUCGAUCACUGCGAGCAGUGUUCAUUAACCACCCCCCACAGGCCAUAUGGACCGGACGUUACGUCACAAAGUCCCCGGAUGUGUUGCAGGAGAUCAGGUGGAACACCUGCAGGGCUGUGAAGAGCUCAAUGUCUGCAGAUAGUGCCGUUGGCGGUAAAAGCAGUUUGUUUUGGCCACUGAAAAGUUUCCCGGGAGUUUUCAGAAAGACGCACAGAGGACAGGCUGACGUAAACACUAAUAGUUGGCAAUUUAAAAAAACAGAAGUGAAUUUGCUCUCCAUGUUUGACCACCGAGUGGCAGAUAAACCAGCGGCUUCAAACGCUCUUCUCCGAACUGCAGAGAAGAAGAGCCGCUGUAGGGUUGACCGCCUCAAAGCCUUAUGUGAUUUUACACCAAACAUCAAGUGA